AUGGGGGACAAAAAUACUCCGCUCUUAGCUGUACUACAGUUACUCAGAAAGUAUAAUUUAAAGGGCACAGAAGACAUAUUAAGAAAAGAAGCAAGCUUGGGAGAUGUAGAGUACGAAAAUUUAGAUUUACCUGAAGUGGAAUUGGCCAGUAUUCUCACAGCACAUCAUACUGAAAGUGAUCCUUAUAGUUAUGAAUUUGCUUAUGAUACCUUGAAGAAGUUUGUUGAAAACUCUCUAGAUAUUAACAAGCAUGAGCUGUCAACACUUUUAUAUCCUGUAUUUGUUCAUAUGUAUCUUCUCUUAAUAAUCUACGACCACAAUGAACAUGCUGUAAACUUUUUGGAGAAAUUUGGCACAGAACAAGAAGAUUAUUGCCAGGAGGAUUUAAAACGAUUGUCUAUUGUGAAGCAUAAAGAUCAAAUAAAGGGCAAUGAGCUUGCUGAAAUAUACAGCACAAACAAGUUUGUUGUCCAACUAUCAAGAGAUGCAUCUUCUCAAUUAAAACGUUUUCUGCAUGAACAAAAAAGUUCAACUGUCAUAAUUAACAUUAUAAAUAAUCACAUACAAGUUGAAGUUCAUGAUGGUCCUGGUAGAACUCAAGCCCAAGUACGGGCUACCACUGGUGGAAUUCUUGGUGAAGCUACUAGAAAUGGUAUGUAUCAUAUCUAUUUGGACUAA